AUGUGGGACCUGAAUGGAGACCAGUUUGCAGCAAAGGUUCAGGUUCCCACCCGACCGGAGACAAAAAGGGGCUUACUAGCAGUGGUAAGCUCGGUGUACGACCCUCUAGGAUUCAUCUGCCCUUUCACUAUCAAAGCCAAGUUCAUUUUCCAAGACGAAUGCAGGCGAAAGAAGGACUGGGACGAAGACAUCGCCAAGCAAAACCUUCACAAGUGGUUGCACUGGCUUGAAGAUUUGACAUCACUACGAAACUUCAAAGUUCCUCGCUGCUACAAACCCGGGGGCCUGGGUCGUGCCACCUCAUCGCAACUUCAUUACUUCUGUGACGCCUCACAAGUGACCUAUGCAGUUGUGACGUACCUACGGACAGUAGAUAAUGAAGAAUCCGUAUUCUGGACGGACAGUAUGAUUGUGGUCAAGUACAUCGCCAUCCUAGAGAAACGUUUCCACGCCUUCGAUGCCAACAGGAUCUCAGCUAUACAUGAAGUCCCGGAGAAGGCCCAAUAG